AUGACAAACUUAAGUAAAGCCAACGGGUUUCCAGCUCCUGAAGGGCUCUAUCGACCUUCUUCCAGUUGUAAAACUUUGCACAAUAUCUACACUGAACAUACUCCAUUACCUGGAUUACUAUUUGAGCUCUGCAAGAAAAGAGGAAAGCUGACGCUCGACGAAAUCCGCGACCUGGUCGAUCGGAAGUCCACUCUCAGGUCACUUGUUUCAAUUCAUUGGCGACGAAUGAAUCGCAUAGUGAAGUCCGAACACAUAGCCAUGUUGCCCUAUCUACAAAUCGCAAUGUUUGGAGGUCUAUUUGCUGCUAGCGUACGCAAUUUUUGUGAGCCAGGAGUUAUCAAUCCAUUGCACACGAGCAUUAGAUUAGAUUGGUGGGUGAAGUGUUGCCCGGAUCUGUCGUGCAAUGAUAGCUGGGAUAUAAUCGAUGCACAGCCCUCUUGGAUGGGAGGCCGUCAGAUGUACAACAUCAUGAAAGUGCUUCAAAUCACCGCGACGCUACAAACCUCUGCUCUAAUCUCAUUAAUGAAGCAAAUUCCUGACUGCUUCGUCACUUCAGCACAGAAGUGCAAAGACAUUUCCUAUGAUGACACUUAUCACGAUAGAAACUUCGCCUUCUCUGCUUUCAUUUCUCUGCAAGGUUGGGACUCGCUGGACUUGAUGUAUUAA